AGCUUCUAGGGUUUAUAGGGAGGAAGUGUUUAUUUCUUUUAGCGCCUUGCCGCCUUUGCUGAUCGAUCUCCCCAGCUCCGGGGGCAUUUUCCUCGCCUCGAUCUCGGUCGCGCAGCGAGAGAUCCAGCGCCAUGGCGUACAGAUCGGACGAGGACUACGAUUAUCUCUUCAAGGUAGUGCUGAUUGGGGACUCCGGCGUCGGCAAAUCCAACCUCCUCUCCAGAUUCACGCGCAACGAGUUCAGCCUCGAGUCCAAAUCCACCAUCGGCGUCGAGUUCGCCACGCGCAGCAUCAACGUCGACGGCAAGCUCGUCAAGGCACAGAUUUGGGACACGGCAGGCCAGGAGAGGUAUCGGGCCAUCACCAGCGCCUACUACCGCGGCGCCGUGGGAGCCCUACUCGUCUACGACAUCACCCGGCCCGUCACGUAUGAAAAUGUGGAGCGCUGGCUCAAGGAGCUCAAAGACCACACCGAUUCCAACAUCGUGGUGAUGCUGGUGGGGAAUAAGUCCGAUUUGCGCCACCUCCGGGCCGUGUCCACCGAGGACGGCCAGGCCUUUUCGGAGCGCGAGGGGCUCUACUUCAUGGAGACGUCCGCCCUCGAGUCCACCAAUGUGGAGAACGCGUUCAAGCAGAUACUGACACAGAUUUACCGGGUGGUGAGCAAGAAGGCGCUCGACGUUGGCGAGGAUCCAUCCGCGGCCCCUGCCAAGGGCCAGACCAUCAACGUUGGCGGCAAGGACGAUGUGACCGCGACCAAGAAGGUUGGGUGCUGCUCGGCGUGAAGGAUCUCUAGCUGGUUUCGAUCGAUCCAUCUGGGUAGCAAUGUUUAGAUCACGCGUCAAGGCUUGGGUGGUUCUCUGAUAGCUACGAAUUCUUUUGCUCCUUCUAGGUAGCAGAUUCUUUAAAUACUUUUUUCUCUCUUCAACUACUUUCGUGUGUGCUUUUA